AUGGCGACAUCUACCAUAACCGAGACUCUUCACACUGCAGAAGAGAUUCCGCUCAGUGUCUUGCAGCCAAAAGCAGUCCUCAAAGGCAGCCAUGACUCUGACAAGCCGUUUGUCGAUGCGCCGAUUCUCGAGCCAGCCAUUGCAAGUGAUGAUUCUGCAGCUCCCGAGGAUGCCUUUGAGGCCAAGGUGAAGUGGAACUCGCCGCCCAUCAACAGAUAUCGUGUCCUUUCUACCUUUUGGGCCUUUUUCGUCUUGGGCAUGAACGAUGGUUCCUAUGGUCUGGAAGAGUAUUACCACUUAACCUACACAGUCGUUUCGCUCAUCUUUCUUUCCCCGUUUGUUGGCUACACCUUGGCCGCAUUGGUCAACAGCCCGCUACAUGUUCGUCUUGGUCAACGAGGUGUGAGCAUGAUAGCGCCGCUAUUUCGUCUCGUCCCGUACCUCGUCAUAACGUUUCAUCCACCGUACCCAGUCCUCGUUGUGAUGUAUAUCCUGGUUGGUUUCGGCAAUGGCAUUAUUGACGCUGCCUGGAGUGCCUGGAUCGGCAACAUGGCUAACUCGCACGAAAUAUCGGGAGUCUUGCAGGCCUGCUACGCUUUGGGAGCGACGGUAGCCCCCUUGAUUGCCACUUCCAUCAGUUCGCAUGGCCGUGGUGGUUGGUGGACGUUUUACUACAUCAUGGUCAGCGCCUCAGCACUUGAGCUGGGUGUCAGCACAACCACAUUCUGGACCCAGACAGGCAAAGUCUACCUGAGCGAGAACCCACACCAAAAGGCCGGCGAGAAUGCCACAUCGGGACGAACACGAGAAGCGCUAAAGAACAAGCUGACCUGGUUCUUCUCUCUCUUCAUCUUCUUAUACGUCGUCCGCAACGCUUCUCCGUUUGCUGGCAGUGCCACGGCGACGGGAUUCUGGGGCGGCAUGACGGUUGGGCGUCUAGUGUUGGGCUUCGUCACUUCUCGAGUUGGCGGCUUUCGGGCAAUGCUUCUGUAUCUUGGACUGGCCAUUGCCAUUGAGCUCGUCUUUUGGCUUGUGCCGAACAUGGUUGUGACUGCAGUGGCAUCUGCGUUGCUGGGCAUGAUUUUGGGACCCAUGUACCCUACCGCAGUGGUCCUCAUGACCAAAGUCUUACCUCGCUCUCUCCACAUCAGUGCCAUUGGAUUUGCGACAGCCAUCGGAGGCUCUGGUUCAGCUGCUUUGCCGUUCGCGGUCGGUGCCAUCGCACAAGCAAAGGGUGUCAAGACGCUACAGCCUAUCGUCCUCGCCUCCUGUGUUGUGAUGCUGAUUGUGUGGCUAUUCCUGCAACAGCACCGACCAAAGGAUAAGGAGGAGGGCGUCAGCAUGGCCGUGUUCAGGCGGAUAGGCGAACGAGUCCGAAAGUUGUUCAAGUAA